AUGGAGGCAGGGAAGUUCCUCGGAUUUAUGAUCACACAACGCGGAGUUGAAGCAAACCCAGAAAAAUGUCGCGCCGUCCUUGAGAUGACGAGCCCAAAAAACCUUAGCGACAUCCAAAAGCUCACCGGCCGACUGACGGCGCUAUCACGCUUUCUCGGAGCAUCGGCUCAAAAAGCAAUCCCUUUCUUCAAACUGAUGAAGAAAGGAGCCCCCUUCAAAUGGGAGACAGAAUGUGAAGAAGCAUUCCAACAUUUCAAGAAAGUCCUAGCAAAACCACCAAUCCUCGCCAAACCCCAAACAGGGGAGACACUCUACUUAUACCUCUCCAUAACGGAAGAAGCACUCGCAGAAGCACUCAUCCGCGAAAAUGAGAAGAAAGAACAAAAAUCCGUAUACCUUAUAAGCAAAGUCUUGCAAGACGCAGAAACUCGCUACUCACGCCGAGAAAAGUUAGCUUUCGCACUUCUCACGGCCUCCCGACGCCUGCGACAAUACUUCCAGGCCCACCCUGUGACGAUCCGAACCGACCAAGCGGUCAAACAGGUACUACAAAAUCCUAACCUAGCGGGAAGAAUGCUGGCAUGGUCCAUAGAGCUAUCCCAAUUCCAAAUUAAGUUCGAACCUCGAAACGCAAUCAAAGCACAAGCCUUGGCCGAUUUUAUCGCCGAAAUAACACCAGGAAACUCCACCCCCGAAUCAUGGAAGCUACAUGUCGACGACUCAUCAAACAUCACCUCCGGAGGAGCCGGAGUCAUACUCGAGAGCCAAAAUGGGGUCAUCAUUGAACAGUCAAGACGAUACGAGUUUCCGGUCUCAAAUAAUCAAGCAGAAUACGAAGCCCUCCUGGCAGGCCUAACCCUAGCCAAAGAAGUCGGAGCAAAAGUCUUGGAAGUAAAUACCGAUUCACAGGUAGUCAGUUCCCAAAUUAACAGAGACUACCAGACACGAGAUCCCCUACUCCAACAAUACCUUGCCAAGGUAAACGAACUGAAAGAAAGAUUCGAACACGUUACCAUACAACACAUUCCCAGGGAACAAAACGCCAGGGCAGACCUACUCUCCAAACUAGCCAGUACCAAACCAGGACACGGUAACAAAUCGCUAAUUCAAGAAGUCAUUAAGUCACCAUCCAUAUCGACAACAACCAACGCUUAUCUGACACUCUCAAACCAGGGAUCAUGGACCCACCCUAUCCUACAAUACCUCAUCAACGGAACACUACUAGAAGACCCAAAAGAUGGAAAACGAACAAAAAAGGAAGCCACCAACUAUACAGUCGUCGCAGGACAACUAUACAAACGGGGAUUCUCACAACCCCUGCUCAAAUGCAUCGAACCCGGGGACACAGAGUACAUACUCCGCAAAAUUCAUGAAGGUUGUUGCGGCCAUCACAUCAGAAGCAAAACCCUAGCACAAAGAGUCAUCAGGGCGGGCUACUUCUGGCCCACGGUUAUCCAAGACUCCAUGCUAUUAGUAAAAAACUGCGACAAAUGCCAAAGGCACGCCAAUAUCCACCAAGUCGCCCCUCACCAGCUCAGCAUCAUAUCGGCAGAGUGGCCAUUCGGCACUUGGGGGAUCGACCUCGUCGGGCCUCUCCCUACGGCACCCGGUCAACUCCGGUACCUCAUCGUCGCUAUAGACUAUUACACCAAAUGGAUCGAGGCCAAACCCCUGGCCUCCAUCACGGCAGCCCAGUGCAGAAAAUUCCUUUGGCGACAGGUCAUAACCCGGUUUGGGAUCCCCAAAAUCGUCAUCUCGGAUAACGGAACCCAAUUCACCGAUAGAAAAUUCAGAGAAUUCCUAGAAGGCCUGCAUGUGUCCCACCGUUUUAGCUCGGUAGAACACCCCCAAACAAACGGGCAAGUGGAAUCUGCAAAUAAAAUAAUUGUUAAAGGACUGAAAAAGCGACUCGAUGCAGCCAAGGGGCUGUGGGCCGACGAACUCGGGUCAGUUUUAUGGUCGUACCGAACAACCCCCCAAUCAACCACCGGAGAAACCCCUUUCCGACUAACAUACGGCGUAGAGGCUAUCAUCCCAGUAGAGAUAGGAGACCCAAGCCUAAGGAGAACGGUCGGGGGUAACGACGAAGAAGCAGAGCGAGACCUCAUCGACGAGGUAAGAAGCAUAGCCCACAUCAGAGAGCUAGCCCUAAAACAAAGAAUCAGUCUAAGGUACAACCACGGUGUCAUCCGACAAGAAUUCGUACCCAACGACCUCGUCCUACGACGAAACGACGUCGGAGCCCCGACCCCGGGGGAAGGAAAGCUCACCCCUAAUUGGGAAGGACCUUGCAGAAUCAAAGCUGUGAUCGGAAAAGAAGCAUACAAGCUCGAGCGGCUAAAUGGCAAAGAAAUCUUAAGGACAUGGAAUGUCGCCAACUUACGAUGA